UUACACAGUGCUGCUGCAUCUCAUCCUUGUCUGCAUAUACUGCACCGUGCCGAUGCACUCACCGCAGCUUGAAGCUAGCAUCCUCGAUGGCGAAGAAACGACGUCCAACGGCACGAAUGGCAUCGCCCCGCCGACCGAUGCACCUCCCCCUUUCAACAGUCCGCAUGCGGACGUUAUCCUGCAAUCCUCUGACAGCGUGAACUUCCGCGUCCGGAAAGCCAUCCUCGCUGAAGCGUCUCCUUUCUUCGAGACCAUGUUCAGUCUGCCCACCGGGAGUACCGAGAACCACGCCUGUACGAGUCCGGAUCUGCCUGUCGUCCCGAUGCAGGAGGACAGUACCACGGUGGAUGGCCUACUGCGGUUCUGUUAUCCGGCCGGUCGACGAUUGCGGGAAAUGGGCCUCGAUGAUAUCUCGGUUCUAUUGCCGGCGGCGAGAAAGUAUGCGAUGGAUCAGAUGGUGGACUACCUCACACUAACUCUGGAAGUGUUCAUCGGGACUUCACCUCUGCGCGUGUACUGCCUCGCCAUACACCAUCAACUGGGCGAACACUUAACCCGUGCUGCCGCCAGAGGAUUUCUCGACCAGCCCAUCCAAACCGCAUACAUCCACACACCAGAACUAGACCACAUCAGUGGCUCCGCUUACGCCCGUCUCUUGGACUACCAUCAUCGGUGUUUUGUUCGCUACAAUACCGGUCUAGACUCAACCUGGGACGAACGGUGUUGGCGCAAAUGCCAUAGUGUCACGGUCGAUGUGGCGAAUAAAGGCUGCACUUAUAAGAGCCUCGAAAAUUGCCGACGAAUUAGUGCCUGGUUUGUCGAUUUCGCGCAGACGUUCCGAAACUUGGCGAAGGACAGGCCGUCCGGGACUGGGAAAGGGGUCCCAUCGCAAACUGCCAUCACAACAGCUCUAGUUGAUGCAGGGAAAUGUGCUUAUUGCGGAGAGCGCGCAUGGGCCGACUUGCAGAGCUUUAUGUCUGUGUCAAGGGGCAAGAUCAACGAUGCCAUAUCUGAGGCCUCAGAGUCAUUGGAAUUCAUCGCCUAGCCCACAACUUGCAAUUGAAGGGCAAACUUAUGGUACCGACACGCGGAUGUAACGUUCAUCGGUUACAUAUCUCGAGAUUCCCAUCGUGGAGCAUCGUCGUUAGCCAUAAGUAGCCCUGUUGUGUCUGUAUUCCAAAGAUUAGGUGUAUUACGAUUAGGGAACUCGAACAACUUUGAAUUUGGUCCGUUUCAUUACUGUAUCGGGCCGGGAUCUCGGCCGGACAUGGUACUCGGUCAGUCGAGU